AUGUCGAGAUCGUGGAUUUGCAUUGCAUUUGGCACCUUAGCGUUGUUCUUGUUCGCGUCUGCCUUUGCGGACAACGUUGUAGUACUCACUGAGGACAACUUCGAGAAAGAGGUGGGUCAAGAUCGCGGCGCUUUGGUCGAGUUUUACGCACCGUGGUGUGGGCACUGUAAAAAGCUUGCUCCAGAGUAUGAAAAGCUUGGUGAGAGUUUCAAGAAGGCUAAAUCUGUUUUGAUUGGCAAGAACAAUAAAGCUGGUGAAGAUUACGAUGGUGGACGAGAUUUAGAUGAAUUUGUUAGUUUCAUCAAUGAGAAGUGUGGAACUAGCCGUGAUGCAAAAGGACAAUUCACAAAUAAGGCUGGUAUAGUUGAGGCUCUCGAUAGCUUAGUGAAAGAGUUUGUAAGUGCAUCAAGUGAGGAGAAAAAAGCUGUAUUCAGUCGACUGGAGGCAGAAGCCGAGAAGUUGAAGGGUUCCAAUGCAAGAUAUGGGAAGCUCUAUGUGAAAGCUGCCAAGAGCUGCUUGGAAAGAGGUGCUGAAUAUGCUAAGAAUGAGAUUCAGCGGUUGGAACGCAUGCUUGCCAAGUCAAUUGCCCCGGCAAAGGCUGAUGAGUUCACUUUGAAGAAGAAUAUUCUUUCUACCUUUGCUUCAGACCAAAGUAUGAUCGGAAGAAUGAGAGUUUCAUCCAUGAAAAGAUUAGACAACCUUAUUACCAGUACUGUGGCAUUGUUGGCUAAGACCUUGAUAGUAUGCAUAUGGCUUAUCUUUGUCAAUGUCGACUUUCCAAUUCCCUAUUGGACUCGUGUGCGCAAUGUUUCGCCCGGCUUGGGUCGGGAGAGGACAGGAGAUUUACAUUUUCGUCCAUUCCUUUGA